ACUGUUACCUGGAUCUCUGAUUGGUUCAGAGAGUCUAUCCGGGUGCUGAGCUGGAACGAACUUAAAGGUACCAAUAUGGCGGAGGCUUCCUUCGGGAGUUCGAGCCCAGUUGGCUCUUUGUCGUCGGAAGAUCAUGACUUCGAUCCGUCAGCCGAGAUGCUAGUUCAUGAAUAUGACGACGAGAGGACUUUGGAGGAGGAAGAGUCAUUUGAGGGCGAGAAAAACUGCAACUCAGAGAUAGCCGAUCUAGAGAAGGAGGGGAACAUGCCUUUGGAGGAACUGCUGGCCAUCUACCGCUACGAGGCGUCUGUCAGUACGGCUGCAGGCUCCAGCAUGGACAGCUCUUCUGGGGAGCUGACGGAUGAACUGCCAGACAUGACUUUGGACAAGGAGGAGAUUGCUAAAGACCUGCUAUCAGGAGACUAUGAGGAGGAGACCCAGUCCUCCGCUGAUGACCUCACCCCUUCAGUCACUUCCCACGAGGCCACCGACUUCUUCCCCAGAACACUCAGAUCAAACACUAUCUACGACGGUGAUAAGGAGUCAGAGUGUGAGGAGGAUGGGCCAAGCCCAGAGGACUCCAGAAAGGAAAUAAUGGUGGGGUCGCAGCACCAAGCAGAGGUCCCCACCCACCUCUGUCACUAUGGUGAUGAUGAGAAGGUAUACGAAGAUGAUGACCAGUUGCUAUGGAGCCCGGACGUGUUGUCGGAGAGCAAGGUCAGGGACUUCCUGUGUGAGGCGUUGUCAUGGGCAACCGACGAGAGGACAAGAAGUGACACGGCAGGAGCUCAUGUGAGAGACAAUGAGCAGGCUCUGUAUGAGCUUGUGAAAUGCAACUACAAUACCCACAAAGCACUAGAGUGGUAUUGCAGUAACGUGAAAUCCUCAAAGGAGGAAUCCCCGCCGUGGUCUGAAGAUGAAUGCCGAAACUUUGAACAUGCACUACAGAUAUACGAUAAGAACUUUCACCUCAUACAGAAACACAAGGUGAAGACACGGACGGUAGCUGAAUGUGUGGCCUUUUACUACAUGUGGAAGAAGUCGGAGCGCUUUGAUUUCUUUGUCCAGCAGAACCGCUUUGGCAAGAAGAAAUAUAGCAGCUAUCCUGGCGUAACGGACCUGAUGGACCGGCUGGUGGACGAGGCAGAAGGCCUGGCAGUAGACAGCUCCUCCUCUGUGUGCUCAGGUGGAGGAGGAGGGUUGAGGAUGGAGCCCACCACAGAGCAGCAGCUCAGCCUGCUCAACUCCAUCACUGCCAGCGACCUUACAGCCCUGAGUAACAGCGUGGCCACAGUGUGCAGCCCAGCGGAGGUGAGCUGCCUGGACUCGUACAGUUUCCCCCCUCUGGAGAGCCUCCACCGGGGGUCCCUGGCCCACGAAGAGCCCCUGGGCUUCCCAUCCAACGGAGGAGACCCCAACUGUCUCAACAUGCUGGAUGCUGGCUUCUACCACUCGGACCUGGGCCAGCUGGGUGGGGUGUGCGGGGCCAAGGAAUGCGAGCGGCCCUCUAAGAGGCUCAAGUUGGCACUGCCCGACUCCUUCAUCAACGACGUUUCUGUGGGUAACCUCGGAGUGGACUUUGAGGGGCGGCGGAAAAUGACACACCACCGCAUCACCGGCACCAAGAUGGCGGUGUCCGUCACAGACUUUGGGAGUUUGGCGGGGAGCCCAACGGGCUUAUGGGAGCACACGCACAGCACAGCACGGCGCUCCAGUCAGAGUGACCUCCCUCCGCCCCGCCCCCAGAGUUCCACCUUUAAAACCACCAUCCCAUGUGUACAUAAGACUCACUCACUGGAGAAUUAGAUUUGUAUUUAAUAAUUAUAUAUGAGUAUACAUUUAUUUCAUUUGUGAAAUAUGACAUCAGUGAUGUCUUUAUCGUAUAGAACUAAAAAUCUUGAUUUCUCAAGAGUUUAUAUAGCCAUUUAUUUUCUCUGGUUCUGAGAUGUUUCAUGUCCGUGUUAAUGUCCCCCCACACACACAUCUACAGACAAAUUCUUCAAAGCUACGUUAUCCUGCCACUCAUAUUCAGCUGCCAAAACAUAUUUGUUCUGGUUUCAUAUGUAGUUUGUUUAUUGUUAAGUGGUACUUUUGAUUGAAUAUCAGUGUUUACAGGUACUUACAGAAACCAGGCUUGGGCAAAUGUUAUUUUGUCCGAGGGGAGCCUGGUGUUUGUAUUUAAUGCAAGAACACUCAUUGGUGUCGAGGCGGUGUAGGUAAUAACUCAUUAUAACCUCCCUCUCCGCCUUAGUCUUUUCUCCUGUGGAAGCUUCUUUUGUACUCGACCUGCUUUUAUCAGACUUUAAUAGUCCAAAGUGGCCAAACCGGAGGAGAAUGUUCUAGAAUUUUAACAAUAUAUUAUAUGAUAAUUUCUCAUUGUUCAUUCUCGUGAGUUGUGACAGGUCAAGAAAUUUUUAAAGUGAUCAAUUUAGAGACUAUAAGGCUGGGUCUAACACCCAAAUAAGCUGAGCAGCUUUAUCUGUCCAUCAGAUUGUCUGAAACAUGCCCUUAAAAAUCGCUCUUAUUGCCCUAGAAAUUAGCCAAUAUCAUGGCAAUAUUUUACAUUAUGACGGAAAAACGGUUUUUGGAUUGGUUUUAGUGUUGCAUUGAGAUGUCAUGUGUUCAGCUACAGUAAUGUAUAUAGUUUCUGCCCUAUACUCUUAGCACAACACAUUACUUCAUAAAUCUAUUUGGCCCAGGUUGAGUACUUUUUUAGGCAAGUUGUGCUGUUUGCAUGUUUAUCAUGGUGCUUGUUGAGCUUGACCACUCUGCAAAAAAAAGAGCAAUAAAAUGUAUUCUAAAUUAUAUUGCUCUAUAUUGAAACUACUUAAACAGCCUGCAUAAGAUUGUUAGAAGUAUUAUUUCCUUAUUUAAUGCCACUUUUAUGUAACUUCCACAGUACUGACUGUGGAGGACGCCUUUUAUUAUCCGGUCCAUAAAUUAAUGUCCAGUUGCAGUCUAGCAACAGCCUACUUCUAUUUCUCUUGACUGAACUAACUAAUUGUGAAUUGUUGACUGUCGUGGAGUCAUCACUGUCUGUUUAAUGGGUGCAGUAAUAGUGUUUACUUAAUUUAUCUAUGCAUUGUGAGUUGGAUAAUUUGUUAGUUUUGGGGGUAUAUAAUUCUGAAUGUCAGCCACAGAAGUCCAUAGAUUUUUACAUAAAGAUGUACCAUCCAAUAAUUCACUAUCCUGAGUAUGUCCUGUCGGGUUUCUUGCAUAUGAUCAUUGGUUUUACCUAGCUAGGUGUUAUCUAGUCAUUCUGUUUCUAUGGCAAACAUUGGAGUCAGCUGUUUGUUCACCUUGCAUUGUUUCCCCAAAUGUGGACAGUUUCAUGUAAAUAAUUAGCUAAUAGCCUUAAAUGUCUUCAUUGACGUCUUAAACUUGUGAAUCAGUGUUGAUACAAAGACUUUAAAUUUGAUUCCAUGUCAAAAGGCAAUAAUGUGUAGAUAUGUACAGACAUUAUUACAUGUUCUUACGUUUUACUGAUGGACUUUGUGUUUGGAUAUUUUGGGGGGACAAUGCAUGCUAGCUGUGUGACAGUUCUUGAAAAUGUACCACUAAAAAAGGCUUUACCUAAGACGUAUUAAUAUAUUAUUCAAUGUCACAUUUAGCGUUCUGAAGUCCGCAAUCAUAUGUACAAAUCCCAUUUGGUUUCUCUUCAUUUAUAAUUUUCUUUUCACAUUGCUGUCUUUGUCUUGGUGAUAAAGGGAUGGCUUCUGUAGUCAGUAUCUUGAGAGAUGGGUCUAGAAUCAAGCCCUUGUCCCUAUCCCUUAGGUACUUGCAUAGAUCUGGUAUGGUUGGAUAGAUAUAACCAAAAAUGGUAUACCAUAUUGCCUUAUACCCAUCCAAUACUUACAGAUACAGCAAGUGCCUCGGGAGAUUUACCAGACUAUUGUUGCUCACCAUCAUACAAAGUGCAGAUGCAGUGGGUGUGUCCAGGCGCUCUGUAGCUUUAGAAGUGCAGUGAUAUAUAUUUCACCCUAUGGUUUGUACAAAGACUCUGAAAUACUGUCUGAAUGUAAAGGCCAUUGACUAGUAGAUUAAUAUUUAGAUUUUACAACCCUGUGCUGAAAUCUCAUGUGAUAUUUUAUUGUAAUCUCUGGCGAGACUUUUGUGUGUAAGAAAGCACUAAACUAAUUCCUUUUAUAUUUUGUAUUAUGUUUUGAAGUUUAAAAAAGGUGGGAGAUGAUUAUAGCAGAUGUAUAUAAAAAAUCUAAUUAUUUGAAGUAAAGAACACAUCUGUGAAUAAAACCUGCAACAUAUAAAUGUAUAUCCAGAAAUAUAGACAAUCAACACAUUUACAAUCAAAUGUUAAAGAGAAGCUUUAUUGUUUAUAAGAAUUGUACAUAGACACAGAAUUUUUUCUUUUCUUUUGGUUUUAAACAUUUUGUAUUUUCUGUUCUUUAAUACAUGGUGUACGGAUCCAGAAAUAAAGCUCUGGAAAAUG